UCUGACUAAGCGAGAAACACAGUAAUUUAGAGGAAUUCCACACACAGAGAGAUAUGAGGAAGUGUAGGCCUGGAAUAGCAGAUAUUGCGGUCAUGGUGGUCGCUCAGGUGGGCGUGAGGGCCAGAGCUCGAGCAGCUCCCGCCAGCUCAGCCACCACCACCACGAAGAGGAGGAAGCUGGACGCCCAGGAAUUGAAGUUUUCCCAGUCGUCAUCUUCCUCAUUUGUGCAGCUAAGGAACCGGAGAAGCCCCGUGAUCUCGCCGGAGUCGACGGAGGAAGGCCGGUGCUCUAGCCCUAGCUCGGAUCAUCACGUCGCGACAUCAUGUUGCUCCAGUAACGGUUCAAGUUCGCUGCUACCGGAGGAAGAGAGAAUCGAAUUCGUAGAUCUGCAGGAUGGGAGUUCUGAAGUUGAAACAUCCACGUAUAAUUUCUGCCGAGAAAGGAGAGAGACGACGCCUUCGAGCGAGCCUCGAGCAGAGUCGGCCAACCUGGAAUCAACAGCGAGGCCAACCGAGGCGAACUCUCGCCCCAGAUCAAGGGUGGAGAAGAGGAAGAUGCCAACGGAGUCCGAGAUCGAAGAAUUCUUUGCGGACGCCGAGAAAGACCUGCAAAAACGUUUCGUGGAAAAGUACAAUUACGACGUCUUCAAUGAUGUGCCCUUGGAAGGACGUUACGAGUGGGUUCGAUUAAAGCCGUGAAGAAUUUUUUCUUGGGGUCCUGCUUGCCAAUUAUUAUUAUUAUUUUUCAUUUAGUUCUACUCGAUCGCUAGCUAGCUAGCUAAGAUUAAAUUUUCUUUGGGUCUCGACCAGUGUUUCUAAAAUUUAGGUUUCGAUCUCAUUAAUUUGAUGACGAUCUUGGAUGUUUUGUUCUUUA